AUAGAUAGCCGAUGCCCCGCCUCCCCUCUCCCCACCACGCCUCCACUGACUCGCCGCCGCUGCUCCCACUCCUCCCGCCACACACCCAUGGCGACGGCUAUGAUGGCUGCAGCCACCACCUCCUGCUCGCGGCGCCGCGCGGCGCCGCUCCUGAAGCCCGUGGCCUCCUCCUCAUCCAGCUCGGCGCGGCCGUGGCGGCCCUCGACGCGGCAGCUCCCGGGGCUGCUGGCGACGGCGGCGGCCGCGGUGGCCGCGGCGCCACUCCCGGCACUUGCGGAGCAGAUGGAGAAGGCAGCGCUGUUCGACUUCAACCUGACGCUCCCUUCGAUCGCGAUCGAGUUCCUGCUGCUGAUGGUGGCGCUGGACAAGCUCUACUUCACGCCGCUGGGCAAGUUCAUGGACGAGCGGGACGCCAAGAUCCGCGGCGAGCUCGGCGAUGUCAAGGACGCCUCCGAGGAGGUGAAGCAGCUGGAGGAGCAGGCAGCCGCCAUCAUGAAGGCGGCCCGCGCCGAGAUCGCCGCGGCGCUCAACAAGAUGAAGAAGGAGACCACCACAGAGCUGGAGGCCAAGCUGGACGAGGGCCGCCGCCGCGUCGAGGCCGAGCUCGUCGAGGCGCUCGCCAACCUUGAGGCCCAGAAAGAGGAGGCCGUCAAGGCGCUGGACGCGCAGAUUGCCUCCCUCAGCGACGAUAUCGUCAAGAAGGUGCUACCAUCCGCGUGACGAAACCAAAUCAGCGAGCCGGCCGGCGUUCUUGGCCUUCUUCCUUAGCUUUUCUGUGUGUGUAUACGCUGUUGGGGCUCCGUCCAUUGGUGUCCCUGCCUUAUCCUAAGAUUGUAAUUGCAUGAACAUUCUGUCGCAAGUAUAAAUGAAUUACAUUUUAGAAGAAA